GAGUGGAAAACAGUUUAAAAAGAGGCCUGCUGUUGCAACUCAAUCAUCACAUCUUUCUCAGCUCUUUCAGCUUCAACACAUCAACUCCAUCAGCUCCAAUCAGCUUCUCAUAUCUUUCCAGAGAUGAAGGUUAUUUUGUUACUCGCCGUGAUGGUGGUUUUCGUCCAGGGAAGAAGUCUCGCCGGAAGUGACCGAUUCUUGAAUUUCCUCUUCCCGACGACUACUAUGAAACCUUACAGUUACAAUCAAAACAACAACUACAACAACCACAACAACAACAAACCGAUGACUCCUUCUGCGCUGAAACCAACGACGAAGCGCCCCUAUUACCAGCGACCCUAUGAGCCACGCAGGCCAACACCUGGAAACAUUUCGUUCGUUUUGAACAUGCCAGCCGUCCCAGCCGUUGCCGCUCUUCCCGAAACUGUUUAUCCAGCAUACCCAACCAAACCGUCCACUACUGCAACUUAUUCAGCUGCUCCGGCACCUUAUUCGGCCCCAGCAGCUUACCCAACUCCGGCACCUAUUACUCCGUCUCCGGCACAAUAUUCGGCUCCGGCAACUUAUCAGACUCCAGCUCCUUAUUCGGCUGCUCCGGCACCUUAUUCGGCUGCUCCGCCACCUUAUUCGGCUGCUCCGGCACCUUAUUCGGCUGCUCCGCCACCUUAUUCGGCUGCUCCGGCACCUUAUUCGGCUGCUCCGGCACCUUCUCCAGCAACUAAUUUGGUUCCAACAGCACCCAAUUUCGCCGGUCCAUCCAGUUCGGGAGCAUCUCCAGCAGCCGGGCCAUCAAAUCUAUUGGACCUGCCUGCACUCGUUUCUUCGGCUAUUCCAGUUUCUUCUCUGCCUUCUCCUUCUCUGCCUCCUCUUCCUACGCUUCCGUCUCUUCCACCUCUUCCUUUUUUUUCUGAUGCCACCAAUGCCAUCCAGUCUAUCCUCCCACCUCUGCCUCCUCUGCCUCCUAUCGGCAAAUGAAACUUUGACGUUUCUAAAUUCGUCCAGGAAAAGAGGAUCUGAAAGAUCGUAUUAAUCAUUAUUUAAUUAUUGUAACUGUGACUGUCAAAUGAAGAAAUAAA